AUGGACAAGGUUCUACAAUCGAUUUACCCCAGCAUGACUGCAGCUGCAGAUUUUCUUUGGAACACUAAACGAGUUGUCCAAGCUAUCGUGCUGUGGAAAGAGUGCUUAACAUUCCUAAAUAACAAACACGUAGAAAAAGAAAAUGACCUUGCCAGAGAAGUGAGUAUGGUGCUGUACGAUAGGCUGUGUCAUGGGUAUGCUGCUAUUUACAAACAUUCACCGGCUAUAGAAUAUGGCAAAAAGCUUUUAGUCCUACUACGUAAAUUUAAGAGAAAAAAGGAAGAAGGUGACACAGCCUACACGCUAGCAAAACUGUAUUACCAAAAAAGUGAAUACAAGGAAGCACAAGAAUAUUUUCAGAAAGCACUUACCAUCAAGACAGAAAUAGGCGACAAAAACGGAGAAGCGAGAUGCUACAUAACCCUGGGAGUAUCAUUUCAGUCUGUCGGAGAAUAUGCCAAGGCUGAAGAAUAUAUUCAGAAAGCACUUACCAUCACUACAGAAAUUGGCGACAAACUCGGAGAAGCGUCAUGCUCCAUAGAGCUAGGAAACGUCUUUGCGUAUGUCGGAGAAUAUGCCAAGGCUGAAGAUUAUCUCCAGAAAGCACUUACCAUCACUACAGAAAUUGGCGACAAACACGCAGAAGCGUCCUGCUACAUAAACCUAGGAGGCAUGGUUCGUCCUGUCCGAGAAUAUGCCAAGGCUGAAGAAUAUCUUCAGAAAGCACUUACCAUCAUCAUAGAAAUUGGCGACAAACACGGAGAAGCGUCAUGCUAUGGAAACCUAGGAAACGUGUUUCAUUCUGUCGGAGAAAAUGCCAAGGCUGAAGAAUAUCAUCAGAAAGCACUUACCAUCAUGACAGAAAUUGGCGACAAACACGGAGAAGCGUUUUGCUCCAUAGGGCUAGGAAACGUGUUUCAUUCUGUCGGUAAAUAUGCCAAGGCUGAAGAAUAUCUUCAGAAAGCACUUACUAUCACGACAGAAACUGGCGACAAAAACGGAAUGGCGCAAUGCUACAUAACGCUAGGACGCUUGUUUCGUUCUGUCGGAGAAUAUGCCAAGGCUGAAGAAUAUCUUCAGAAAGCACUUACCAUCACGACAGAAAUUGACGACAAACGUGGAGAAGCGUUAUGCUACGGAAACCUAGGAAACGUGUUUCAGUCUGUCGGAGAAUAUGCCAAGGCUGAAGAAUAUCUUCAGAAAGCACUUACCAUCACGACAGAAAUUGACGACAAAGAAGGACAAGCGUCAUGUUACUUAAACCUAGGAAACGUCUUUCAGUUUGUCGGAGAAUAUGCCAAGGCUGAAGAAUAUCUUCAUAAAGCAAAGUACAUCAUUAAAGAAAUUGGUGGCAAAAGCAUCGAAGCAUCAUUCUACGGAAAUUUUGGAAGGUUGUGUCUAACUGUCGGUGAACAUACCAAGGCUGAAGAAUGUUUUAAAAAAUCUCUUCAAAUUAGCAAGGACACUGGAGACAUCGAAUUGCAGUUUAAAGCUCACCUAAACCUACAUUAUUGUUCUUUAGUAUUAACAGGAAACGCAUCUGAAGCUUUAUCGAAUCUCCUUGCUAGCAUUGAGAAGUGCGAGAGAAUCCUUGACUUUCUACCAAACAAAGAUCGAUUUAAGAUAUUAUUUUUUGAUAAGCACGCGUCCCCCUAUCGACUGUUUAGUUCACUGUGUUCUUCUUCUGGAAAACACUAUGAGGCUUUACACGUUGCUGAGCUAGGUAGAGCCAGAGCUCUAGCAGACCUAGUAUCAAAUCGGUACUUUUUGGAGAAAGAAGUAUCCCUCAACCCAGAAUCGUUUGCUGGCGCCUUGAAGGUCAUUAGAGAUAGUAGUAACCGAACUUGCCUAUACAUUUCCUACCAUGGUGAAGAUAUCCUUCUUUGGACUGUAAAACAAAGCAAGCCGAUAGCUUUCCGAAAAACGAAACUUUCUGAAAGCUAUGUUAGCAAGCACGGAAAACUGUCUGUGGAUGACCUUUUUAAAGAGGAGAGCUUAUUAAGAAAUUUUCACGUUUUACCUCAAGAGCAAUGCGAAGACCGAUCACUCUUCUCCUCGUACGCCAACCAACUUACAAACGAAGCAAAUCUGGAAGAUAGUCUCUCAUCCUUGCGUCCUCUUUUAGAUGAGGAAGAAGUAAUCACAGACCCUGAACCGCCAACCCUGUUUCAGGUUUACAACAUGUUGAUUGCUCCCGUAAGUGACUUGCUAGAAGGAUCUGAAGAAAUCAUUGUUGUUCCUGAUCGCUGCUUCUUCCAAGUUCCGUUUGCAGCAUUACAUGAUAAAUGUAACCGCUAUUUAUCAGACACUUUCAAGAUACGCAUUGUCCCUUCUUUGACGACUCUCAAGCUCAUUCUGGACAGUCCAGCGGGCUCUCACAGCGAAACUGGUGCAUUGAUUGUGGGUGAGCCAAGUGUGAGGGAUGUGUAUUUCAAGGGAGAGUUAAGGAAACUCUGUAAAUUGCCUGGCGCGAAAGCGGAAGCAGAGAUGAUAGCAAGACUACUACCUGAAUCUCACCUUUUAAUAGGAGAGCAAGCAACAAAGCAGGCGGUUCUUCAGAGGAUACCCUCAGUAAGUCUCGUACAUUUCGCUGCUCAUGGUGACGCCGAAAGAGGAGAAAUUGCUCUUACCCCUCCUGACUCCACUAUGGGGAUUCCACAUGAACAAGACUACUUACUCUCAAUGGCCGACAUCUCACAAGUUACACUAACCGCAAAACUGGUGGUCCUUAGCUGUUGCCAUACCGCACGUGGACAGAUCAAAACAGAAGGCGUUGUUGGAAUCGCUCGAGCAUUCUUAGGAUCGGGUGCACGCUCAGUGUUGGUGGCACUGUGGGCCUUACAAGACGAUGCAACAGAGCAGUUCAUGAGAAGAUUCUACGAAAACCUUGUCCAAGGAAAAAGUGCAAGUGAAUGUCUUCACCGGGCCAUGAAGUGGAUGCGAAAUAACGGUUUUUCUGAAGUGAGGCAGUGGGCACCUUUUAUGCUGAUUGGGGAUGACGUGUCAUUUCACUUUGGUGAAAAAAAGUGA